AUGAACGCGAUCCGUCGACUCAGAGCCGAUGUUGACGAGCAGAUCGUAAAGCAUGAAGCUGCCCCGUGCAAUCAGAUAUUGCAGAAAGUGAAACCCCUUCCGCAGGAGCUCCGCGAUAUGAUAUAUGGCUUCAUUUUCCAGGACUCAGCUGCUCGUCUAUUGGCGGAGGAGGACGAAAAGUUCGAGUGCUACGUUGAUGCCUGCCUCGAAUCGGGAAAUACAAGGCGCAUCCCUUACCGCUAUCUUCUAGAGCCCGAUUACUUCGUUGAUGACGCUGUCAUCAGGGAAAAUUUGGCUAGAGGCUUACUACACCACGUCACCUUGGUGAUAUUUCUUGAAACCGAUACUGUCGACCACACCGGCUACCUGGAGCGAUUCAAGUCACUGCUCCUCCUCGACAAAGCGCAUACAAAAAUCACGAUCUGCGUAAACGACCUCAUUUACUACCCAAACUUCAGAGACGCAAAAGUUUUGCCAUUGAGAGCGUAUGCGCAGAGUGCAGCCUACCUCUUCCCAGACUUGGUUGAACUGAGAAGGAAGGGAUACAAGGUGACAGUGCGUUCUGAAAGGGGCCUGGAAUUUCUAGUUGAGCCUGAAGAAACUACUGUGGAAGGGUGGACGAAGAAGUUUGAAGCAGCUGUUGAAGAGGCUCGCAUAAAGUUCUGGAAAGAAGAGUACAGUGGACAUUAUCCGGACUGGGACGACAUGCAGGACAAGAUGGAAGAUGCGUCACAGAAGUAUAUCUCGGAUAGCUCACAGCACUACUUUUCAGGUGAUCUGCAAGAUGAUGAUUCGGAUGAAUCACGCGAGGAUGAGUCAGACGGGUCACAAGAGGAUGAUAUGGACGAAUCAGAAGGAUAA